AUGGGUGAAUGUCAAGAAUUACCAGACAAAACUGGAAGAAUUUUCAUAUAUACCAACAAGUUAUUAAACAGAAAAGACUAUACUUCUAAAAUUAUGACAAAAGGUUCAACUGGAAAUAUUAUUAAUCAUUUAGCGGUUAUGUAUCAAAUAUUUAAAAAUACGCCCUUACCUACAAGAUCAACUAAUCAAGAUGAAUCUUUCACGACAAUUACCAAAAAUAAACCAUUUGCUGAAACUAUUGAAAAGCUGGAGGAAAGUCAAUAUUCGACUAUAAGUUAUGUAUACCAUGCGAUUCAAAAAAUUAAGUCAAGAUUAAGUUGUUCUUUUGACCCUAUCAAUGAAAAUAAUGAUA